CUAUCUUUUCCAGAUGUGUCUUGCCUUCCACCGUAUGUCCGCUUGUUGGGAAUGAGUGACAAACAACCUCUACUACCAAUUCGUCGCUCAAAGGAUUUUAUCGUUCAAGCAAGUGUCGGUAAGUCAAGCUGUAACUCAUCGCGAACACUUAUAUUUGUAUGGUAUUUAUACAGAUAUGAAGUGGUUUCCUCAGGAAAGUUAGACAUCAAAACGAUAACCUUAUUGGAUUCAAAAAGCACUGAAUGGAACUUAAGAAAGAGGCAGCUUGAAUACGGACAAUAUUUUCUGGAUUUUAAGGCCGCGUUUGCCAGUCACCCACGAGCGUUUGGCAGUGCUCUGGGAUUUUUUAACAUCACAAAAUCCCCGCUCAUAGUCGAAAUAUCAGGAGGAAACAAAGUUACACGUGGUAACGGAAGCCUUAUAACACUUGACGGAUCUCCAUCAAGAGAUCCAGAUGUCGAACCUGAUGACCAUUCCUCGAUGAACUUCACUUGGUUGUGCAAAAAGCGUGACGAAACCUUUCCUAACAGUUCAAUAGCUUCAAUCCCGGUCGUUACACCAUACUCGGGUCCAGGAAAUGGUGGCUGCUUUGGCACGGGUGUUGGAAAACUAAGCUCCAGUGACAUUAAAGUGAAUUUAGAAACAACAGUAAUGUCCGUGGGCAAAAGUUAUGACGUAAAACUUAUUUUGACGAAGGAUGACCGGGAAAACUACUUUGUCCAGGAAAUUGAGAUUGUAAUCGGUGAUCCACCCCAAAUUACUAUCAGGUAAAUAUAACAGUCCUUAGGCUCAAUCCUUAGGCUCCUGGUUAAACGUCGUGUGAUUGACGUAACCGCGUGUUAUCUUGACGUUUUUGUAUUUCUACCUAUUAAUAAUCUCCUCUGAUCGGUGGAUGAUUUCGCAAUGCCGUUCUAUAUCGUAUACCAAACUGAAAACACAAGAAAUAAUGGGCAUAAUUUUGGUGGGGGGUGGGUAGGGGUGAGGGGACCAGGAGAGAAGCCCUACUGGGGGGAGACGAGAUCGAGAGGUAGCGGGGGUAGCCAACCUGUACAGAAGUCCUGAUCAGUCUCCAGGUGGUGAGGCCUAUAUCCCCUAGUCGCAAGGAACUAAUGAGCACCAAGAGGAGGCCCUCCUAGCUGGAGUACCAAUCAGGUGGGACCGGGAGUCCACACCCUGGAGUGGGUAUUUUUCCGAAGCUCCAGAGAUAAGCCGUAGGGUAAAGUGCAGCCGUGGGUUACACCUCCCUGUCAUACUAACAUCAUUGUUAGGGCACGUUAAUUCGAGCUUACGAGAAAAUUGUUGGUGGGCGUUUUAGUUGUUGAAGAAACAAUUGUUGACUAGUUAUUGUGUUGUGGCAUCGGUAUUAUUUAGGGACUCCUCCAUCUUUUGUAUUACGUAAUGAUCAUUUGGUAAUCGCACCUUGGGCGAUAUAGAACUACCAGAAUUCAGAGAAUUGUCUAUUGAAUGAAACGGGAUGUAAAUAUUCUUCAACAAAAGUAUCAAAUUCUGUCAGUAAUGUUCAAGUAUGACCUAGGAUAAAGACCAGACCAGUCAUACAAGUUAAAGGACAAAACGUAAUACUAAGCGUAUUUGAAAUUCUUUUAUCAAUCACGUAUCAUUAAAUACGGUUCAACUCCUUAAAGAUACUCUAUUUAAGAUACAGUAUUCGAGUAACAAACGAAGCACUCACGACAAUAAAUUCUUCCUAGCCAAUCUCAUAUCUCACAGUAAAUAGCCUGCAGGUAUCACAGGUGUAAAAAUGUUUUUCCUCGAAGGUGUCUCAUCAACUGUGAAAAGCCUGCAAGUCUGUCAACGCCAAUCAGCCUGGCAACCACCUGUGAAGGGAACGCCUGUGACAGUGUCAUAUAUCAAUGGCAACUUGUCGCUAUAGAUUCACAAAGUGGUCAAGAGAACGUGACAAGUCUGACACGUGAUAUGACGCAAAGUGACCUCGAUCGUCCUGGACUCAGCAUCAGGGCAAAUCAGCUCAACGGAGGGUUAACUUAUCAAUUAAAAGUUACGGCUUCACCGGAGGACGGGCCUGCAGGAAAUGCCGCUUAUCAGUUUGAAAUGAACGCUCCACCGCAAAAUGGAGCUUGCACUGUGUCACCGAAAAGUGGAGAGGCAUUGGUUACCAAGUUUGCUGUUACAUGCACCGGUUGGCAAGUAAGAAAAUGUUUCUUUAGAGGCAACUGUCUGCUUAUCCUACCAUCGAAAAGUCCCGUGCGGCAGUCAAGUACAAGUAAAUUUCCUUUCUGGGCAAAUAACUUUUAAUCUUGCCUAAUAAGGCUCCAUGCAAGUCAUCCUCUAACAAAAUCAUCAACUAAGACGAGCAUGAAGUGGCCUCGGGCAAGCAUAAUGUGAGCCCUGUGUAAGCUAUUCCGCUUGCGAGUGGCGUGGCACACAAGUAGCUUAAUACACAGCGAGCAGUGCUUUUUAGUUUUCUUUUCAAACUUACUGGGGUAGUGCGCUUAAAACAUACAUGCGAGGCGCAGGAAAAAAGGACGUCUCAUCAUAUCAUCGGUCGUUGUUUUGCAAACGCGCUGGCUGGGAUAAGACCCCGACGGAUCUCAAUAGAAAAGGCUGACUGCAAGCAGUUUAGUUGCCUACUCUAAGAAAUCGGUAAGGAGAGUCCCAAAUAGAGUAUCAUUUAUCGGAGAUGGAUUAGUGGUGGGAAGAAUUAGAGUUCCUGGUAAUAGUGACCGUGGAAAAGGGUUAUCAUUUCUGGUACCUACAAUUGCGAUCAUAAUUUGUUGAAUCACUUCCAGAAAACACAAGAUUAUUAAAGUGUUUCCACGACUACACGCAUUGGUUCCCUCUCCUUCCCCCAAUGUCUGUUUCACGGCUUUGCUUGGACAUAACCGUCUGAAAUAUCAACGUUGAAGGGGAAGGGGCGAACAAACCGGAAAGCGUUUCAAUAACUCUGGCUAGGAAUGUAGUCUAGAAAAGGGUAGCAAAAUGUACCUGAACAAGGUUUGGUAUAGAUUGAGGGUUUCAAGGUCUCAGCUGCACACACUCACCCAAAAGUUCAAAAAGUAUUUCCCGAGAUCAGGCUAAAUUCUCCAUGCGUUUACUCUGCUUUAGCUGAGAUAAGCGAGGAAACGUUAAACUCAUUAACUUCAUUCUCUCAACAGGACGAAAACACGCCACUAACAUACCAGUUUCACUAUAAAACCGACAGGGGUCUGUACACCGUGGUUUCUCAUGGACCUGAAAGUCAUGCGACCACGGUUCUUCCUUCGGGCAAAGAAGACAAUGACUACGAAAUCGAGUUUGAGAUAACAGUGACUGAUACUCUGUCUGCAGCAGCGAAAUUCAUUCUCAAAGUCCAGGCAAGCACCAAAAAAACCUUUUCCUAUUUCUCCCCUGUAUAGUGACUCCAUUUUUUGCUUUGCAAAUGUUGUUGACAAUGAGAAAAUCUUGUGGUUUUGACCAUUUUUGUUUCCUCCAAAGUUCGAUGUGGCAGACAAAGGUCGUUAGACACAGUGUGUCACUGAAGUAGCCCAAAAGUGUUGACAAAUAGCUUUUUAGCAUGAAGCUUAUCCGUUGCUAGAUCUUUCUGGACUUGCCACAUUAAGCGAACGGCGCAAGCUUUUUAGGCCGCGAAGGGGCCAAGCAAGACGAAGCCCCGCGCCAUAUAAAUCAGACGAAGGACUGUUUUGAAAGUCUAAGACUUUUCUACAGCUUCUAGAUCUCCACAACAUCAUCAUAGUUAGCAUGAAAACUGAUGUGAACUUGCUACAGCAAUAAACACGUCUUUAAGGUUGGUAUAUACAUUUGGGAGGUCGAAAGUUUUAUUAUAUGAAUUACGCCCUUAGGUCAAACCCGCGCCAUCGAGCGAGGAUCUCAGCGGUCUCACUGUGGGUAACAGCAGUCAGUUUACCCAGCUCAUUCAAGCAGGAGACAUAAGGGGCGCUACACAGCUCGCAAACGCUGUGCUUCGAGAAGCUGAACAGUCAGGAAACACAACAACCGAGGAGAAAAUCACCGUAUGUGAAGUAGUUCUCUUAGCGUAAAUAAAAACAUUUAGCUAGUAGUAUGGUCAGAACUGUUUUACAUUUGUUUUCUGUCUCAUUUUUUCUACCCGUUUACGCUUCAAAAAUUUCUGAACUGCAAUGCACAAAAAGGCAGAAACUAAGUAAAACAUUUAAAGGUAAAUUGCUCAUUAAAAGUUCUUCCAGUAAAAAUCGCAUGGGAUAGUUCCUAAUAAUACGAUGGUUCUAGAUAAUCGUUUUAUAAUUCGGUCACCUAGUUUGUUUUUUAAUGUAUAUGCGUGUGCCUUAAUUUUCAGAUCAUAAAUUCUGUUGUUAAAGAAGUUUCUGGAGUAGAAGCAGGCAAUCUACAGUCCUUAACACAAGUCACUUCAGUGAUCGCACGAGCGACAUUAGAACCCAGUGAGGUCACAUUUGAUACACAGGUACGAAUUUAACAAUGAUGUUUAUUCAGCAAGUUACACUGAGGGACUCGGAUGAAAUAAUCUGUGCUCUUCCCACAUGAGUCGAACCUUCGACCUAGUGGUUACGUAUUUAUUUACAUGUAUAUCGGAGGGAAGGCUCAAUCAAUAAAAGCAAAUAUAAAUCAGUCUUUAACUUUUAUCUUCUUUUCUUUGUUUUCUUCUACAACUAUUGUACCUUAGAGUCUUGUUCUAGAAACUCUUCAGUCGAUGACGUCACUAUUGCAAAACAAAACGAAAGAAGACUAUGGUUCAGAGAACAACUUGGUUGAGCAGGGAGGAGAGAACCUGGUAUUGAGUCUUGGUAAUCUUCUCAAAUCAGCCGCACAGAAAGCGAGCGUGAUAAGACCAAAAGAGUCGGCGGAAAAACGAACUGAGGUAAGAAUAAUAUCAGUGAACCGGAACUGGAACAAUUUGUUGGAUAAUGAAAGCGGCAGGAAAUAGAACUUGCAUAAUUACAUUACGAUUCAGUGAUUUUAAGUCACAGGCGCGUUAGCGCUUAUUCCUUAGACAACAUGAACCAACCAAUAAAUAGUUUUGUUGACGUUUAGUCAACCAAUCAAAAGGCAAGACAUUCAUUGACCUAGAAAUAACUAAAAAACCUAUCCAAAGGGUGAAACCACCUAAAAUAGCACACGAUCUGAUCUCAACGAGAUUCCUCUGCAUUAUACUUAUGAGAUAUAGAAAAAUAGGCUUGGAAUUCAUCAGCGUCAAUACUUUCCACUUCACAAUAAUGAGAUUGCACUUCAAAAAACGAACAAUUCGGUCCCUGCUAUACUACUGAAUCUCUUGUGUAAAGGACAUAGGUAUGUGGCGGCGCCAAAAGAUGAGGUUUUUGAUACCCUUUGGUCUGAAUAUUUGGUAGAGGUAAUAAACCAUGCAUUUGGGCCUGAAAUAGGUUAAGGUUUUCAGCUCUCAGGUGUCAGGGUGUAGAAUUGGGAGCGUUCUCUCUAUCAACAUGGAGGAAUCACCCAUUGUGGUUUAAAAUAGGCCGGUAAGGGUUUUGGAAACGUGCCGCACACCCCGACAGUUAUUUUCCAUCAACCCCCGCAAAUUAUAUCAACACCUGACAUGUAACAAACUUUACAUUUUACAGAGCGAGGAGAUAUCCAAAAACACGGAAAAACUCGUUAAUGAUGUCGCUAACGCUUUGUUGUCGAGAAUGGUAAUAGACCAGGAACCCCAAACACUGAAAACGAAAUCCCUCGACGUGGUGUUAAACAGACUCAGCCCUAGUUCUCUGACAAAAGACAUGAACAUUGAUGACGAUGACAUGGGGUUUAAACUUCCCUUGUCAGCGAUCACUGACGAAAAAACCCCAGAUGCUGAAUUCAUUGACGCAGUGGUAAGUCGUCUUUGUUGAUGAAAAAGAAGCUUUAACUUCUUCUUCUUCGUACGGAUAAACCGUAUUAUUACUUUCAUGUCGUGUCUUUAAAGUUCAAAAUAUAGUUCUAAAAUAAAUAGAACUCAAAUUAAAAACAAGGUAAUCAAGCUUAUGGGACUGAUGGGGCUGAAAGUUAACAAAACGCCCACAAUAUUAUACAGUGGUUGUGAAAAGACCCACGCCACUUUGACAGUUGAUCACUCCACCGCCAGAACUAUUGCCGUAAAGAAAUUGUCAUUUUUUCUUUUUUUGCAGCUAACUGCGAGUGACUUUAAUCCUUUUACUUGGGACAACAGUUCAGCCUCUGUGAGCUCUUACGUUCUCAGCUUGGUGCUUAGGAAUCAUAAAGGAGAAUCUUUGAUGGUCGAGGACAGCAAAGAGGAUAUUGAAAUCAAGAUUAAAAGAGACGGGCAGCCAAACCCAGAGUCGGUUGACUCAUUCUUCGUUAAACCCAGCAGUCGAGGAGAGAUGCAGUACCAUACAAUCGUCCUGCCCUAUGCAGAUGGUAGCGCUUUAAGACUGAAAGUGAGUAAUGAUAGAUAGAUAGAUAGAUAGUCUAGGAGGAAAAUACGUCUUGCAUAGAUUGCAGCCUCAAUACUCUUUAGCUACCUGUAAUUCAUGUGGCUCAUCUUUAGUCAAGAAGGGAACAUGAGAAAGAAAAGCUAAGUCCCAUAAUCUUGAGAGGAAUUAAUUCAUUCUUACCUUGCAUAAUGCCGACUAGGGCUUAUUACAAGUUUCUGCCCCCACCCCAAUUUAUAUGCCUAUAGCUUCGUUUAUAAUAAAGGACCGAUGAGAAUGUCAUAAAGUUGUAUUUGGUUUAUAUUUUAGAUCAAGCCAGCAGGAUCCGCUGUUUUCAGUGUGUUUGUACGAUAUGGGCAGCGCCCAACUGUAACAGACUUCGAUGCCAAGAGGAAAAUCCCGAAUGAAUCGUGCUUUAUGAAUUCCCAGAAUUCCGAAGGUGAAUGCAACGAGGAAGCAUACGAAAUUCUCUUAGAUUAUGAGGUGUUAAAUGACCCUGGAACCUACUACAUUGGUAUUCUUAGCGAAACAGAUGACAUACAACCCAAAAGACGCCGGAAACGUUCUUGUUUUAAACGCGGGCGCGAAAAGCGUUCAUGCGUCGAGAUUAAGGAUCCUCCGAGACCCGAGAAUAUUACAGUGAAACCAGUUUAUGACCCGGAGAGAGAUAUUAACUACUCAAUAAGUGUUCUUGAGGAGGAAUGCCUGUUUUGGGACACCGCAGAGGAGCGCUGGUCGUCAAGAGGAUGUAAGGUAAACUUGUAGAAAGAGAAGAUGAAGAGAACAACAUUGAUAACUCAAAUGCGAGAACUUUUCUGCAGCAGAGUUCAGCAGCUACAGGCUAAAUUAUACUCUUUUAACUGUAGAUGCGACCAUAUCCACGAGUGUUAGUGCAGUUCGCAAAGUUUAUAUUUGUUUGUUGGCGUCGCCAACAAGGAAUCAGGGGCCAAUUAUGAAACUCUCAAACAGAUCACUGUACAUGUAACCGAUUAAGAGGAUGUUUCAGUGGGGCCACUGUUUAGGUAAAAGUGUAGUGAACACUACUUAGACAGUUUGAGGUAAUUUUGUUUUUGAUUUGCAUCGAAGUAGGUUUGGCUCUGUAUAUGAUUGAAAAUAUGAAAUAUCUAGCGAUGUAAUACUGUGGAUUCCCAACCCUGCACAUGCUUGUGCAGGCAAGAAAUACAAAAAUUACGUGCAAUUAUGAGGAUGGCGAAUAACCUGUUGAAUUCCUACCCGGUGCAAUAAAUGAUCGAGACGGAUGGUUAGAACGAACCUAAGCAAUCCGUGCAACCAGCACGCUCGGACGACGAUGAUGAUAAUGAUGAUGAUGAUGAUGAUGAUAUUGAUUUUCAUUUACCACUCUUUUCCGCAAUAUUCUAAGCUCUUUUUUAGCUGUUUUUCCCUAGUAUAUGUAGUCUAACCAGCUGCAAAUGUAAGGAAUGAGCUAAUCUUCAUUCCAAUCCCCUCCGACCAGUGUUAAAAUUGACUUCUUUACCUCUUGAGAGUGAUGAAACAAGUUGAUAUUGGUGGUUCAGACGUUCAUUUCACAUCGCUUCAAUUUGGCUCCGCAAUUCGAGUGUGAGAAACAGUUAAGACCUUUGAAGCGGGCUUUAAGGGUCAGAAGAACUACUAACGCUUAAUCCCUCCCCACGUUUCCCAUUUUAUACACCACCUAUGAAGUAGACUAAUCAACGCUGUUCUUUACAUCGUUGUUGUUACUUUCCUUUAAAGGUUGGCCCAAAGUCUAACAAGACCUCGUUGUAUUGCCUCUGCAACCACCUGACGUCGUUCGGCGGAGGAGUACUGGUAAAACCAAACUCACUGGAUUUUGAUGUUGUCUUCAACGAACUUACGCGACUCCACGAAACAGGAAACAUCGCCGUACUCAGUACCAUAAUUGCUGCUUUGUUGUUGUAUGUCCUAGUGAUAAUAGUUGCAAGAAGAGCAGAUAAACGAGAUAGGGCUAAGGUAGGGCCAAGAAAAGUCAUUUGAGUAUGUAAAUUAUAGUUACUAUAACUGAUUUACGCUGAUUCAGAGAUUCAUCAAUGGCACUUUUACGAGUGACUACGCACAGCUCCCUUAGAUCUGAAAACCUAACUGACCAAUGGUAGAAUGGCAAAUUGAGCAUCAGAAGACGAGUUCAAUCUUUUCCGUACGCCCUCGCCUUCUCAUUUGACGUCGCGUUGUUUUUGCUACUGUCUUUUCAGACAAAACUGACGUUAUAAAGUCAUUUAUUAGUGACGAAACUGUUAAAUAAUCGUAAAAGAAAACGUGCAGUGUAAUGCACCUUUUUUUCCCUUUUACCUUUUAGACUGGCCCUCCCUUGCAUUUAAACUCAUUAGUCGAAGGAGACUUUCAAUACGACCUGACUGUAGCCACCGGAGUAUGGAACGAUUCCGGGACAGAUGCUAACGUUGCCAUUGUAAUUUACGGUAGCGAGGCACAAAGCCAACCCAUAAUACUGAACAAAAACAUGGUUAAGUCAAGAACGGUUUUAGCACGAGGAAACGAAGACUCGUUCGUAAUUCAUCUGCCCAACUCUCUCGGCGUGAUUCAGUACAUCCAAAUAUGGCAUGAUAACUCAGGAAACCACCCGUCAUGGUUUCUUCGUCAUUUGACUGUAAAGGAUCAUCAAACAAGAAAACAAUGGACGUUUAAUGGCAACACUUGGUUUGCGCUAGAAAAAGGCGACGGCAAAAUCGAAAGACUUCUUACUCCUAUCCCUGCAGAGGAAAUGAAAACUUUGAAAUACUCGUUGAACGCGCGCGGCUCGAAAAGCUUCUCCGAAGGCCACUUAUGGUUGUCAGUAGUUACCAAGCCACCUAAAAGUAAGUUCACGCGCGUCCAAAGAGCAACUUGUUGUCUGUGUCUUUUGCUGUCUGCCAUGCUGGCUAAUGCCCUGUUUUACAGGACUGACAAGGUAGCCGAUCAAACCAUUCAGAUUGGUCCGUUAAAGUUCAGUUGGAGACAGAUCAUAGUAGGACUUCAGAGUGCUCUCAUAGUCACUCCGGUAAACUUAUUGAUCAUGGCAUUUUUCAAAAACAGCGCAGAGAAAAGUUCAAAUAAAGUUACUACCUGUACACCACUAAGGCGACGAGUGUCUAAGCGACAUCGGACGUAUUCCAUUGUGAGCAGUUUACCCCAGAUAAACGAAGCUGAUGAUGCUUCACAGCAAAAGACCACCUUUUGGACGAGAACAAAAAGUCGCGUGCGUGGUAUGGUUAAAAAGGACUUCAUGUUACCUCACUAUUGUAUAUACAUCGCUUGGUUCCUAUGUUUUGUGACAAUAGCCCUGUCUUCAACGUUUACGUUUUUCUACAGUUUGCAAUGGGGAAAGGACAUCUCAAACCAGUGGUUAUCCUCAAUGCUUGUUUCUUUCACAGAAGACAUUUUUGUUUUGCAGCCUAUAAAAAUCGUGCUUCUCAUGAUUGUUACAGCGUGUCUUUUUGGUAAUAAAACUGAUACCAAAGAAGACAGUCGUUCGAUCAAAUCACAUCAGCAGUUAUCCACUGAAAAUAUCCACGUUGAUGGCCUCCAAAGUAUUGAGAUGGAUAUUCCACACGACGAUGAUCUCAAAAGUGCACGGGAGUACCGAGUGAAGGAAGCAAAAAUGUUUUCUUUUGGCAGAGAGUUGGUCGGGUAUUUGUUGUUCCUAUCCUUACUGAUGAUCGUAUGUUACGGCAACAGAAGUUACAAUGGCUAUCUAAUGACUAAAAACGUCAAAGACACCUUCAGUAACUUUUCGUUGGUAAGUAUCUUAAAGGAAUUAAGUGAUGACCAACUUAAAGAGUCCAAAGGCACUAGGUUGUUUUAUGGCGCCCGCGUUUUGCCAUACAUAGCCUGCGAAUACAGCCUCCCGUCAUUGCUCCCCGUCGCUGAGAAGUUACGCGACGUCGCAACGACGGGAAACGAUGGCAAGCCGCUGUUUUCGCACGUUAUGUAUGAUUUAAAAAUAACAAAAAAUCUUGGGCAUUGGUGGGCAUAAUGAGACUUCUCCCUCCCUCUCGGGAUAAGAGGGAUUUAGCAUCGACGACGGCCGGGACUAGUGCAGCUAAUGGAAAUAAAUGUCACUUAAUCGUCCGACGACGAAUAGAAACAGGGAAGUGAUUUUAAUACAUGUUCAUUCACGUGAUUUAGAGAGAUUCAAACUAGAUACUACUUUCCGGCCAGCAGAAAGCCCUCAAAAAAAAUGUGGGGCUCGCACUUUUACGUGUUCUCACUGUCGAGGAUAGAACUCUCAUACAAGCUAAUUUUGUGGUAUAAUGUAUUUCGUUAACAAGCGUCAAUGUUCAAGACUGUAUGACUACGCCUGACAGAAUUAAUCAAAUGUACGUUUUUUUUAGGCAAAAGACCCAAGAUUUUUCUGGAAAUGGCUUGGAGGGCAGUUUGUAAGCUGUACUUACGCCAGUGAAUGGUACAACGGCGAAAAGGUGAAACAGAACGUGUAUAUUGGUGACAAGAUAUCCCUUCUCCUUGGAAUGCCUCGCCUAAGACAGUUAAGGAUUCAGAAAGGUAUUUCAUUACUACUCAUUAGAGCUGAGGCUUUAAAGCAUCCAUGGAAAAGCGAGAUAGCUUUGCAAAAAUAUAGGCUCUAACUUGACGUCACUUAUAAUUUAAGAGGGUUAGAAACACAGACAGUUCCCUACAUCAUAAAGCGGACAGUGGCCAACAUGGCUCGCUAAAUACCAGCAUGACGUUAACAUUGGCCUGCCUCGGGCACGGCUUAAUUAAGUUUUACGUUUCGUCGCCUCCGCCGAAAAGAGACAAUACGGCAGACGGAUAGCCCAGAAGGCGUUGCGUGUCCCGUCCGCCACCCUAAACGGGGCCAAUCGUUUUUGUGGGCUUGGGUCGCUUCAGAUCAAUAAACCACGCACUAAACAGACUUGGAACGAUGAGAUAGUUAAUUAAGAAGCGUCCUGCUUAGGACUUCACUAACCCAGACGAUCAAACAACUUCAAAGAACAUUGUAUUGGGAUAGGAGAAGGUGUAAACUCGACAUAGAAAAAACGUAAUGAAUAUGGCUUCGUAGCCCGUUGUAGGCGUCUAAAUUGGUCCACUAUCAUGUAAGUUAUCAACCCUUGGUAUUUAACGGAUGGCAAUUACGUUCAAGACGUACCAUGCACAAAAUCUAUACUGUCAAUGCAGUUCAAAAGGAUUGCCCAAAAUUUCGAAAGCUACCAAAUUUGUAUAUUUUUCGAAAUAUUCGAAACGUACUUUAUUGGAGUUCGUAAAAACUCGAAAUUCAUAAAGGGCCAUCCUCAAAGUCCUGAGAUAUUUCGCCUUUCUGGUGAAUUUUCCGAUGUUUUGCGGCUGCAUGACUACACGAGGUGUACUGGAUGGUACACCUCGUGUAUGGAAUAAAAACUGAAGGAGGCUAUGGGGCUCUCCACACUUGGUGCUUGGGAACCAGUGCCUGGGUACCGGGUAGCUGUGUUGCGUUCACACUUUGAGUAGCAGAUAUUUAACAGUGUACAUAGUUACUCCAUUUCGCCCCGUCAUACGCCAUUUUGAAACAUGACUUUAGCAGCAAGUACAAAGUAAUGGAGUGCCCCAGUACUAACCAAAACGGUCUGCACUCAGGGACCCGGUGACCACUUUUGUGUCAAACAUGAGUGGAAGGUCGAGACAUUGUACUCGGCCACCGGCAGCGGGCCGGAAUUCUAACGUGGGUACUUGACAAAAGGGUGUGUUCAAAUUAGGGUGCGUUCACAUUUAGUGCCAGGGCACUAGUUCCCGAGCACGGUACAAAAUGGUGCUUUGUCCACACUCUGGGUACCCAAGUUGUCUUUCGUCCACUUUGCUCCGUCAGCAGACGCCAUUUUUGCAAAGGGAGCGAAGAAGUUGACUGUGGGUAAAACUCCUCGGAACCAACGGAAAACACGUGCACACUUUAGUGCCCGAGCACAAGGUCUCGGCCUUGUACUCGAAUUCUAGCGCGGGUAAAGGUGUGUUCACAUUAGUGCCCAGGAACCAAGUGUGAACGCACCGCCGGGUACGUUGCUUGAGUACGACAUCCUCUUGAAAGUACAAACGCCAGAAUUCGGGAACGGUACUGGUCCCUGCCUACAAAGGUCGAAACCUUGACCUCGGACACCGGGUCCCACGCGUAUGCUGUUAGCUCCAAGGCAGUCCACUCCUUUGCAUACCCAUUUCUUCUUGCUAUGCUCACGUUUCACAAUGGCGUCUGGCAAAAAUGAAGCGAAUACAGUUAGAUAUAGGUUACCCUGGUGUGAACACAAAACCCUUUUAUGCCGGUACCCUGGAAGAAGUGCUCGGGCACAAAAUGUGAACAUAGAAAUUUUAAGUUGCCACAAUGUUCUCUAGAUCCAAAUUAUUUUUCUGUUUCAGAUUCCUGUUUAGUUCCAGAAGAGGUUACAAAAGUAAUAAAACACUGCAAAGACUUCUACAGUUUAAGUGAAGAAGACAGAACCCCUUUAAAUCUUCCAGGGUGGCAACCAUUUAUUGGAUCGGUGGAUUGGGCAAACUUUUCUGAUUUAUGUCCGGCCCCGUGGAAUUAUAUAUCACAAGAAAAACUGCAAAACUCGCCAAGUUGGGGAUUCUUUGAGCUUUACGACGGAGGAGGUUACGUUGCAGACUUGGGAUAUAGCUUUGACUCUGCAGUUGCAGUUAUUUCUAAUAUACAUAAAUUUGGUUGGAUCGACCGACAAACCCGAGCGGUGCUAGUAGAAUUUUCCAUUUACAACCCAAAUACAGGAUACUUUAGCAUCUCUACCUUUUUUCUGGAGAUAUUACCAACUGGUUACGGAAAUGCUUUUCAAAGGAUCGAUACACUUUUGCUGACCAGCACUCAGACCGGCUUUUACCAAUUUUAUUUGAUAUGUCAGCUGCUGUUUAUAGUCUUAGUAUUCUUGUUUGUUCUUCGGGAAGUAUACAGUAUCUUCAGAGAGAGAUGCAACUAUUUCCGAGACGUCUGGAAUUGGAUUGAACUCUUACAGAUAACGUUAUCAUUUCUGGUUGUAAUCUUCUACGUCAUUAAGUCGAAGCUCUUUCUUCGAAGUGCUUUAAAGGUUAAGGAAAACCCUUUUGUUACAGUCAGCUUCCGGGCUGCUAUUAACUGGCAAGAUGCGGAGAGCGGAGUGUUAGCGAUUGCAGUGUUUAUAGCCACCAUAAAACUUCUGCAUAUGAUUCGCUUCAAUCGUCAUAUCAGCAUUCUGAUGACAUCGUUGCGGGCGUCAAAAAGUUUUAUGCUUUCUUACUCGGUCAUUUUUAUCAUAGUAUUUCUUGCGUAUGCGCAGCUAGGAAAGCUGGUCUUGGGAAAUGACAUACAGCGUUACUCUUCGUUCACAAAUACCUUGUACUCCGAGCUCCUUAUGUGCCUUGGCGGGAAAAUGGGACUAAGCGAUUUGAUACGGGUAAACCGCCUUCUUGGACCACUGUUCGGAUUUUCUUUUAUUUUGCUUAACGCCUUCAUUUUCGUCAACUUUUUUGUCGCCAUCUUAAACGAUUCUUACGAGGAAGUCAAGGAAAAUACCGACAAGCAAUGCCAUGAAGAUUUUGAGAUGGCGGAUUUUAUCCUCGAAAGACUGAGUGAGCUUUUGGGACUCAGUAGUCGACACCACGCGGAAAAAGAUGGUUAUGAAUCAAAAGGGAAAAUACCAGCUUCUAGUUCAUGUGAAAAUAACAACGAUGAACUACUUAAACAAGACGAACCAAGGGAAAACCCUCACGUUUCUUUUUCAACAUCAGCGUUCCUGUCACACCGAUUUCGUCGAAUGGCAAAGAGAAAACAGCCACGAAAUAUAACAUUACGGCGGGAAAGUGUAAAGAAGGAAGCUCAAAGACAGAUCCCAAAGAUCGACGAGAAAUGCGUGGAUGGAACAUCAAGCACGGUUGAAGGACAACACCGACUUGCCUCAAGCAUAAUUGCUUCAGACACUUUCCAUCAAGACCAAUUGUUUAUGAGACUGGAAUCAUUGACAAGUAAAGUUGUAAGGGAUUAUGUGAGAGAAGAUAUGGAGUUUCUUUCUCUAAUUCGACUCUUGUACAUUGUAGAUCACAAGGAAAACGCUGAGACCUCUUCUACCCCAGAAACAGAUUCCACUUUAGAUGACAUGGAAGUUUCUUCUUUCUUAGACUCCCCAAACAUGUCAAUGUACGGCGCAUGCGUUGACAACUGGAAAAGCAGUACAUCCGGGAAUUAUUCAGAGGAUGAGAUUGAGAGCUUAGAGCUGCUAAGAACCAGAGCUUCCCAUUAUAGGUUACCAGAUCACUUGAGACAGGGAAAGGAACUGCAGCAUAAGCUACGUACCAGAGCGUCUGGGAGCAAAGGUCGCGCGCGAAAUACAAACGCCUCUAACACCCCUAUUUUCAAGUACUAUUCCUUCAUAUGA